GUAUUGGGCGGGGUGCACGCAGUCUGGAAAACAGAGGAGAGAAACAAUGGCACGGAACGAUUCUCGCGAGCCUCUCGGUCAGCCGCCGGGCCAUCGACAUCGCAGCCGCACAGGCGAUGGCGUCGGCCGGCAGUGCGAGCCAAAUGCGGACCCAGAUGGCCACCACGUCGCCCCCGAAGACGGGCACCACGUCACCCCCGACGCCGGGCACGCCGACGACGGGGCGGCCCUACUGCACCCUGACCGACUUCGGGCUGAAGCUGGUGGCGUACGCGCUGCAGGAGUCCCAGGAUGCCAACGUGUGCCUGUCGCCGUUCGGCGUGGCCGUCGCCCUGGGAAUGGCCAUCGUGGGCAGCGGCGACGCCACCACCGCGCAGGUGGUGCACGCCGUGGGCGCCAUCGACUCCAACAACCUGUACCGCACCUGCGGGAGGAUACUGUCCAUGCUGAACAGCUCCAUGGCCAACACAAAGGUGUCGCUGGGCAGCAGGAUAUACGUGUCCAAGGAAAUACCGGUGCUGCCAGAGUUCAGGGAGACGCUGGUGGAGACCUUCUCGUGCGACCUGGGCCGGCUCGACUUCAAGAACAACCCGCAGGGGGCCAUCCAGGAGAUCGACGCUUGGGCCGCCCAGGCGACCGACGGCAACCUGACGCAACUGAUACGAGACGGCGACGUGACGGCGAGCACUCGACUCUUGCUGGUCAGCGCCAUCUACUUUCGGGGUGUCUGGAGCGAGCCCUUCUACGGACCCGUCAAGGCGCCUUUCUACGUCAGCAACAGGGAGACGGCACACGUGGACACGAUGGAGUCGUGUCGCACGGCCCUCUACUGCCGCAGCACGCACAUCCCGUGCGAGGCGCUCGAACUGUCCUACUGCUGCCGCUCGCUGAGCCUGCUCCUGAUCCUGCCCGACCGGCACGUUCCGCUGGGCAAGCUGGUGGCCGCGCUCAACUACAGCGCCGUGCGCCGCCUUUGUAAGGACCUCAAGCCGGUGUCGUCGAUGGCCGUGUGGAUUCCGCGCUUCCGGCUGCAGAAGUCGUACGAGAUGGCGCCGGCGCUGAAGGCGCUCGGCAUCACCAACCUGUUCGACGACCACGUCGUCGACCUGAGCCGCAUGACGGGCGCGCGCUCGGGCCUCUGCGUCGACAACUUCAUCCACGAGGCGCUGUUCGACACCACCGAAGAAGGGGUGGGCGAAGUGACCCGGCCGCCGAACCCGCUCGAUGCCACCAUGAUCGCGUUCCGUGCCAACAGGCCGUUUCUGUACGUGCUGCUGCAGAACUACAACCACUCCAUCGUCUACAUAGGCGCCGUCUGCAGACCGUGAACGCCUCUCUAGUCCCGCUGGGCUCAUCUGACGAAUGAACAAGAUUUCCAGGAACUGUAAUUUUUUUUCUAUUUAUCCGCGGACAUUGUAUGACCGUCUCGCAGCUGUUCGAGUUGCCUAUAUAGUGCAGAGUCAAACUAGAGUGAGCUCAUGUUCGCAACAAUAUUCCUGGGCCAAUUCGGAGCGAACGUUGAUAAAUUUUCUAGAACAGGUUGCCAUGCCCUGCCUGCAGCUGAAUAAAAUUUACUCAUAAACCAGG